AUUUCACGCGCCUGCCAGAAAAAUGCUUCAAAGCUCUCGGCCGGGUCCUUUCGUCCUUGCCGUCCUUCUUGCUUAGUUGUAUGCGCUUCGCAGCCUUUAUUUCUGGCGUCUUUGCCGCGGCUGCUGCAGUGCUCUUCUGCGAGAACGGGGAGGCGCAAAAAUCUGCCCAAAGAACGGCGCCCGGGCCAUGUCCUCUGGCUGCCCACUGCACAAAAGCCCGCGGCUGCUGCGCGGUGCGCCAGGGCCUUCUACUUCAUCCCAGAACAGGGCCAAGAGGGACAAUGUCCCGGCGGGCUCAUCUGCAAUUUGGCAUGCAAAAUUCACUACAAAUUCACCACUUCUCAUGCUAACGGGUGUUAAAGCUCUAGUCUAGUACUACCGGUAGUAGUAGUACCGGCUCCACGACCCCCGUGCAAGUUUCGGUCGAGACCCUCCAAAUAAAACCGUCUCGGCAGUGGAGUACUCCGGUACCAGUAGAAGACUGUACUCCGAGGAUUAAACUUUGCGGAGCCGUCUUCUCCUAAAUAAACUCUAAUUUGCGGAACCGAUAUUUUAGAGAAGUACUCCUCUCUUUGCAGGAACCGACCAGUAGAAGACCGACGGUCGAUUACUGCAAAAAAACUGUACUCCGAAAUAAACGACGUCUCUUUGCAGGCCCGUGCAGGGUCUCGGCAGGUACCGUCUCCACUACCAGGUCCUCGUAUGUGGGUGUAUCCCGUGCAAACGUAUCGUACUCGUAGUAAUCGCAUUCAUGCAUUACAUAAUCUGGCUCCCAAGGCACAUCAGUGAGCGAAUUUGUAUUGCAAUUACUACUAGUACGAUACUUUUGCAAUUCAUAGGGUGGCUGUUGUGUUGAAAAAGGACCUGGAGAAGGAGUGUUGUGACGACAAACUAUGCGGGGUAGCUAGUAAGGUCACCUGCUGGAUCCCGUCUGGGCUAGUGCAGGGGAAGGCGAUGAAGGAAAUUUACGC